AUCAAUUUGUCACUGUCCGCGUGGGACAGCUGCUGUCACUGUAGUUUUUGUUACUAUGAAUUGACAAAAAAAAAGAAACAUUGAAAACACGCUGACACCCCAGUUGAUGUGGACGGCAAAACGUGAUGGAUUGGAAGUGAAACGAGCAAAAAAAAAAACCUGGAUGAGCUAAGCUUAUUUCACCGACGUCGGCGUCGGUUCGCCCUUCCGCCGAUUCUUUGUGGAAAUUAUUACCCAAUUUGCGGUGGCGUGCAGCGAAGCGGAAGCUUCUGUGCCAUUCAGUGAGUUCAAACAAAAAAGUGUUCUACAACAGUAACAAUUACGUCAAGUGAUAAAGAAUAAAUACAGUUGUAAAAAGAAGAAGGGAGAGGGCGACACAUACCGAUCGCAGCUGGCCAAGCAACUUUUAUCGAAGCAUGCUCUUAUCAGUUCCCCUCAAUGCUAUCAGUGUUCGCAAUAAUUCCUACAGGUACAGUUGGAUAACACACUAGAUUAAGAGCGCAAUGCGACCAUCACGAACGAUUCCUUCGGCCAAGGUAUUUUUCUUCACGCUGCUGGCUUUGCUUGGACUGACGAUCCUAGUAGGCUACUACUACAGUUUGUAUGAUGACGUGAAAAGUGGUUCCUAUGGUGAGGCAGAAGUGCGAAAUAUGCUUGAAACGGCGCGUCGGAAAUUGGUUACUUACUUGAAACCUAGCAACCUUAGCAAUCGUGAACUACUGGAUGAGAAUGGAUCCGUCGUUCCGCCGGGUGAUAUGGGUAAACCUGUCGAGCUGGGUGAUAACGUUGCUUUCGAUAUUCGAAAGCAGAUUCAAGCCGGUUGGGACACCCAAGGGCUGAAUCAGUACGCGGCGGAUAUCGUGUCGGUUUUCCGCCGGUUGCCCGACGUCCGGGACGAGUGGUGCAAGGAGCCGGGACGGUUUUUACCGGAGCUGCCGCCGGCAUCGAUAGUGAUUGUGUUUUUCAACGAGGCAUGGUCGGUGCUGGUGCGAACGGUUCAUUCCGUGCUGGAUCGUACGCCACCGGAGUUGGUAGAGGAAAUUAUUCUGGUGGACGAUUACUCGACGUUGGCUCACUUGAAGACUCAGCUGGACGAUUACUUCCGGCCGUACAGAAAGGUGCGAAUAGUUCGAGCUGCCCGGCGGGAGGGUCUCAUUCGGGCGAGAAUUCUCGGCGCCAAGAGUGCCAAGUCGGACGUCGUUACGUUUCUCGAUGCGCACUGCGAGGUUAUUGUAGGAUGGCUCGAGGCACAACUGGACCGGGUAGCUCGAGAUCCGACAACCAUUGCGAUCCCGUCAAUCGAUUGGAUCCACGAGGACACGAUGGCGUUGAAUGCGCAAAGUUCGCAGCUGUACUUCGGCUCCUUCGAUUGGACGCUCAACUUCCAGUGGAAGUCUCGCAGUGAGAAAAAAAAGCAAGCUGAGAAUCCGGUGGCACCGUUCGACACUCCGGUGAUGGCUGGUGGAUUGUUUACGAUCAACAAAACUUUUUUCGCCCAUCUCGGCUGGUACGACGAAGGCUUCGAAACGUACGGAGCUGAAAAUUUGGAACUCUCUUUCAAGGCGUGGAUGUGCGGAGGUUCGAUGCAGAUCAUACCGUGCUCCCGGGUGGCGCACAUACAAAAGCGAGGCCAUCCCUACCUGGCGCACUCGCCAGGGGGCUAUACAAACAUCAAACGGAACACGGUCCGUUUGGCCGAAGUGUGGCUGGACGAGUAUGCGGAGUAUUACUACGAUUCGUUCGGUGGGGCCAAGUUUCGGGGCGAAUUUGGGGACGUUUCCGAACGGAAGGCACUGCGGAAGAGGCUGAACUGCAAAUCCUACCGCUGGUACAUGGAGGAAGUUUUUCCGGAGCAAUUCGAUCCGUCGAAAGCUGUCGGUCGGGGUGAGUUUCGCAGUGCAGUCGGUAGGGGGAACUUCUGUUUGAAUUGGCCUCCUCCACUGAAGGAACGGGGGGCGGCUCAGUGUCACGGCCAGGGUGGUCAUCAGUUGUGGUUUUUUAGCUCUGAUGGGGAAAUUACCCGGGAGGAUCACUGCAUGGACUAUGACGGGAAAAAGCUGGAGAUGAUCCGAUGCCAUCAUCGGAAGGGGAAUCAGCUGUGGGUUUAUGAGGAGCAGAGUAAACAAUUUCGACACGUCUAUCAGGGACGCUGUCUGGAGUGGGACAAUCAACUUAAGAUGAGUGAGUGCUUGGUGGAAGACGUCAAGCAGCAAUGGUUGAUACAGCAUUAUAAUGCCAGUAACUUGAAGCCGGCUCAAAACCGGUAGCCCGAGGUGCGAUUUGUGAUCGGUAGAAAUAAGUUUGGAAGAGUUUAGUUGUACCUCAACACUUAUUUGAACUGUGAGUAGUAAUCAUACAACUAACUUGAUUUCUAAUGUAACGACUAAGUUGUAACAAUUUUAUUUGACAUAAUAGUAAGUAAAUAUUUCUGAAUCCUUUGAAGGAUUUUCUUCCUUGUUAAAUAACAGUGCAACCAGAUUGGUGGGACAUAAUGUAUUGGAUAACUGAAGUAUGAUUAAAAAGCAAUUAUGUUGCUCAGCACCAUCAUACAAUCGAUGAACGAGUCCUACAACAUGGUCAAGACCUGGCACUAAUUGAAAGUGUCAAUAAAUUCCUGAUGGUUCUUCAUUUUGCUAACCAAUACGCAAUACUAGCUUACAAAAAUGCAAACGGGAAGACGUUGUAUUCAGUUGUAAGAGUCAGCCACAUUAGGCAUGGAGUCGUGGAGUGUUCCCAGACUAAUAUUUGCGAUUGCACCAAUCCUAAUUAUUUCUGUGACGUCUAGUGUGGAAAAUGCUGCGACGGUUACUACAACUUGUACCGUAAUCUAUACUCGAGGAGUUCGUCAAACCAAACCAUUCGAAGAUGUUUUUGGAACAAAAAUUGGUGACGAUGAGCACCUUUACAAGGACGCGCUGUGUUAUUGUAGUUGUGAAUUCGAAAAAUUAAACAGUCAAUUGAUUGGUUAUUUUAAAACUCGCUACAAAACAGUUACAGCACUUCCUUCUCAAGCAAUGUAUUUCGAAUUUGGAUUUCUACAUGACUGCUGUCAAAUUGAACUUUCGAAGAAUUUUACCACCUCCGACAGCAAGCCGGUGGGAUCCUAUGAAAUGUGACAGAACCAAUCUGUAUGGAAACAGGAUCAGUGAAAGAGGAGAGCUUAUCCUACUGAAGGAACAAUUUGUUUACCGCACCAAGGGAGGGAGCAGUUGGUUGGCCGUAUUCAUUCGCUGCAUGGAAAAGGUGAUAUGUUCGAAUGAUCAGAGCAAUGAACUGUGGGCCAGGAUUAGCCAGUGUUAUUCAAAUGAUCUUAGGGUAUUUGAUGAUCGUCAACAAUCCACGGUUCAAACAAAAACCAUAAUCAAAAGUUGUGAAAAUUGCUGGAUCGUGGGUAUGGUUCUUCUGGUUUUUCUGGUUGUCGGUGCAGUUUGCUUUCUUUCGUGCCUCAUAGUGACCGCUGGAAAACAAGUUUCACGGGUGACAGCCGUGCGACCCGUGAAUUAGUGGAUAUCUUAGUAUUUGUUUGUGUGAUAGUAAAAUAGCUCAGUCUAACUACAAAAGAAAAGUUUAUUUUAUUAUUUUCUGUAUGAAGUAUUUCAUGUUUAGAUGUAAGCUUUAUUGAUCUGUCAAAUAUAUGC